UAACAACGGCAGUAAGACAAACAUGCAGAAUAAAGCACGCAGAACUUCUGUAUAAGAGAGAUUGAUCUGAUUGUUUAGACAAGAGGCUCUUCUGUUAGACUGCAGUCAUAUAACAGAUGGGUGUUUUUGUUCUUUUGUGUGUCAAACACACGCCUGAAUCAAGAGCGCGCGUGUGCGUGUGCUGUGGAUGAGCGACGUUCACAGAUCACAGCUGUCUCUGAAGCGGCAGAAGAGGUCUGCUGGAGUUUGAUGCUGCAGGUUUCUUCAGAUCAUGAGACUGUGACCUCAUCGUGAAUUCAGCCAUGGCAGAAACCGAUGUCGACAAAUCUCACCUGCCUGGUGUCUAUGAUGUGUGUCAAUGUUUCUCUGUGUUAGAGGACGGAGCUGUGGCUCACAGUCUUCAAGAGCAGGAAAUUGAACAGUUCUACAACACCAACAUCCAGAAGAACCAGGCGGAGCAGAACGAUGUUCGUCUGGCAAGGAGACUGCAAGAAGAAGAGGAACGCCGCGCGAAUCUCCGUCGAGACCUCAGGCAACUGGAGGACGAGGACUGCAGAUACGCUCAGAUUAUUCAGGAAGAGCUUCAGAGAUGUGCAGAGGAGGCCAGGAGGAGAGAGGAAGAGGACAAGGAAAUAGCUAAACAGUUACAGGAAGAAGAAGAAAUGGAGAUGAGACAGCAGAGGGCUGCUGCUGGUUACCAUGGCGAUAACUGCAUCUCUCCACUGUGCGAAGGGUUGGGAGUUUGGGAACAGGUGCUUCAAGAUGCUGAACUGGCCCGAAGACUACAAGAGGAAGAGGAUAUGCUGCCUAACAGAGAGCAGUUGUCUCGGAGCUCUGGAUCAGAUGUGGAUUUCAUAACAGCACAAGUAGCCCAAGAUGAGGAGAUUGCCCGAUGCAUGCAACAUCAUCGUAGAAUAAGCAAUAGGCCACAAGAACUUGAGAUCCAGGCGAGGCCGAGUGAACCAAGAGAUGAAGGCAAUACCACAACCAGAAAGGCACUGCAGAUGUUGAGAGAGAGGCUGAACUCAGAAGGACUGCACUCACCUGUUGAAGAAGACUACUCCAUAGAAAGCCAUCUACCAAGCCCGUCAUGCACUGCACUCCGAACGCAACACAUACACAACAUUGCGGAAGAACUGGACCCAACCUUUAAGGCUAGAAAGCACGAGAGCCAUAUUUCCACCAACCCUCCAUCAGGUCUGUGUUUGGCCCCCCGUAACCCGCACAGUAUCUUUUAUGACUAUUUACCAGAGCCCACCUUUGUACCACCAACUAAAAGACAGAGUGACAAAGCAGGACGCCACAAAGCCAAAGACAAGAAAGAGAACUGUAAACAACAGUGAUCAUGUAACUAACACAGUGCUGUCUGCUUUAUUAUAGCUUAAACGUGUUGUUUGGUCUUUGAAGUGUAGAAACAAGGAAUGUGUAAACCAGCUUGUGGGCACAGAUUAGGCUUUUUAGACUAACAAUGUAAGCAGCGAUUUCCUGUUGAAUUAGUUUGUAGCCCAGGACGACGUCUAAUGCUGUGUUCCAUCCAAUUCAGAAAGUCCAAAUUUUCAAAUUCUGACCUAGAAAAGUGCAAUAUAAUUGGACAGCCAACUUGGAAACUCUUACGGAAAUCCAUUAGUCAAAUUUUUACCUAGUUGCGGGCAUAAGAUGUAAUGCGAACAUACAGGCGCACCGUUAAUGAUAAACGUUCACUUUUAAGCAAAUAAAUGCAUUAAUGCAUCAAAGGUUUCUACAUUACAUGAUAAUACAAUUUUAGUAGGGCUGUCAUUCGAAUGAAAAUUUUAAUCGAAUGAUAUGAAAUUCCGAUUGAUUAAUCAAAUUAAUGCCAGUUAAUUGCAUGUAUCAAUAUUUGCUGACAAAGGACCCCAAUUAAAGAUGAUUCAAGAUAAUGCAUAAUAAUUAAAAAAAAUUAUAAAUAUUUAAUAUUCAAAUAAUUAUAAACUUAUCAUUGAACAUAAGCCUACAGUUGACAGCAAUCCAUUUUGCAAUUGAGUUCGUCUGUCCUUUUCUCACAGGACAGGUUCUUACAUUCUAUCUUUUUUUAAUUAUAUUGUUGGUGUAUGUAGAUAUACACAGUAAUAGUAAUUUUUCACGUUAUUAAUAUCCUGACUAUACAUUGUGAUCAGUUGUAUGCCACUUUGGUGAAUAAAAGUACCAAUUUCUUUCCAUAAGAGCAAAAUCUGUAUAUUAUUCCAAACAUUUUGCCGCCAGUGUAUGUCAGACAGAUGCUUUUGGAGUACUUAUUGGAGCAUUAGUUGAAACUAUGAAAAUCGCAUCUCAAAAUCCCUGCAUUCUGUUGUGCUUUGUCCAGACCGGCUCUUAUUCUGUGGCUGCGCUGCUUGUGAGGUUUGAGGCGCACUGACUGCCCCCUACUGACAUGGCUCGUUAAAACGCAAAUGUACUUUAGCUUGAAUUACGGAAUUUACGUACGGGUCAGGAGGCAUGACUAUUUAAUGAAUUUUUAAAUAAAUAAAAAUGUAUUUAGUAUGAAUUUAAUUAUAUAAAAUAUAACGUUAAAAGAUUAACAUGAUAAAUCAACAGCCCUACAUUUUAGCAAAAAGUAAAUUAUCAUAUCUGUUAAUUAUCAUGCAACUACAAAACAAAUGCCUAGCAUCGUUUAUGAUCCACAUUUGGUUUAGGAGAAUUUGUUGUCAAUCAAACAUCUGCAAAGCUAACAUUAAUGUUGCUACAGAAUAUUAUGUCAUCUUAAGAGCAUCAGACUCUACAGGCCAAAGAAUACUUUGGUUGUUUGCGAGCCACUAAGUCUCUACGUCAUGACGUAAAUUUCGUCAUGCGUACAGUCCGUGCGUAUGUUCAAAUAAAUAAACUUUUGGAUUUACUUAAAGCAGUGUCAAUUGGUUACACACAACAGUGUUGAGUAGGUCCAACAAGCCACAGUUCAGUUGUAUGAACUAAAGAAAUUCAAGUAAAUUGGACAAAAGCUUUUUAAGUAAAUGCAAACCAUUUGGAUUUGUAAGUGUUAUGUAUUAUUAUUAUUAUUAUUAUUAUUGAUUUACUUGAUAAGUGUUGAACUUACAUAACUUCAACUUAUUCUUUCGGUUAAUAAUUGGCUAGCAACAGUUUGUGUUGACAUGUUAAAUGUAUUGGCAUGAAUCUCAACAUAGAUGAUUCAUCCUAGCCUGUAUGGUCAGAUGUCAGAGAUAUAAAGUACAGUAAGAAUAUCCCACAUCUGACUUAGAUUGGGUGCAUAUCUGCAGCAUAAUCUACUAUACAGAGUAGUUUGUUUUUUAAUCUUUAGGUGUUUGUUAAUAGGAAUAUGUUACAUUUACAGUUGAUUAACGUAAGCUACAACAUGUUUGAUUGAAAAAAGUAAGUUUACAUAAUCAAGGAGAAGGUGCCAUAGACCUGUUAUUGUGUUUUUGUUUAAGGGAUAUCAUGGCUUUUAACUGAUAUUUUUGUGUGUUUUCUUCACAAUCAUAUUAUUUUGCACCAUAUUAACAGAAUUUAUACUUUCAAAGAUUUUUGUUGCAUGUUUGUUUGGUAAGUGUGUGUGCUCCUUAUUUUCACCUCAAAUGUGAUUAUUGAUAUUGAGAAAGACUGUUCUGAAGGUCAGACAUCACAAAAGACCCUGUGAAAUCAUUUACAAGAAUUUUAAAAGCCUGGUUUUUCACAGCUGGAAAUUCUGAAGAAUCUGAAGUAAUAUGAUGAAGAGGAAUUCUGAUGGCAUUAAAUUAUAGCAUCAAACAUCAUGUCACAUCCUGACAGCCUACAGUAUUUCAGUGCAGAGGUCUCUGCUCCCCCACACACACUGUAACCUUUUGUGCAUGUUCAUUGUGGUGAUGACAUCAGAGUCUUGAACGCCCCGGUUCUGAAAUGCUAGAGGGCAACUGUACUUGUUCUGAAAAUUUCCUCACACGUAAAGGAGAAAGUUCCCAUGCUUUAUGUCUGACUAUUUUCUAAUAAAAAGUAGGUACAAUA